GCAGAGCGCACGGGGCAGGCAGCUGCCCGUGGGCCCAGGGCCGGGCGCGGCGCGGCAAGCGACCGUCCGUGCGUGCGCGCGCGCGCGCGCGUGCGUCCAAGGGAUUUGCGAUCAGGCGGCGCGGCGGACAACCCCGGCGGCGGGGCGGGGGGGAGUUAUAUUGCGGGGUCCUUCCUCGCUCACCCUGGUUCCUCUCGGAGCGGAGACGGCAAAUGGCGGACUUCGAUACCUACGACGAUCGGGCCUACAGCAGCUUCGGCGGCGGCAGAGGGUCCCGCGGUAGUGCUGGUGGCCAUGGUUCCCGUAGCCAGAAGGAGUUGCCCACAGAGCCCCCCUACACAGCAUACGUAGGAAAUCUACCUUUUAAUACGGUUCAGGGCGACAUAGAUGCUAUCUUUAAGGAUCUCAGCAUAAGGAGUGUACGGCUAGUCAGAGACAAAGACACAGAUAAAUUUAAAGGAUUCUGCUAUGUAGAAUUCGAUGAAGUGGAUUCCCUUAAGGAAGCCUUGACAUACGAUGGUGCACUGUUGGGCGAUCGGUCACUUCGUGUGGACAUUGCAGAAGGCAGAAAACAAGAUAAAGGUGGCUUUGGAUUCAGAAAAGGUGGACCAGAUGACAGAGGAAUGGGUAGCUCUCGAGAAUCUAGAGGUGGAUGGGAUUCCCGGGAUGACUUCAAUUCUGGCUUCAGGGAUGACUUCUUAGGGGGCAGGGGAGGGAGUCGCCCAGGUGAUCGGCGAACAGGCCCCCCCAUGGGCAGCCGCUUCAGAGAUGGCCCUCCCCUCCGCGGAUCCAACAUGGAUUUCAGAGAACCCACAGAAGAGGAAAGAGCACAGAGACCACGACUCCAGCUUAAACCUCGAACAGUCGCGACACCCCUCAAUCAAGUAGCCAAUCCCAACUCUGCUAUCUUCGGGGGUGCCAGGCCUAGAGAGGAAGUCGUUCAAAAGGAGCAAGAAUGAGCCUGCGGUUGGGAGGGAAUGGGGCAUGGGGGAUUAGAGCAGGACCACAGCCUGGUGAGUCCCUGGGCAGCCGUCCUGCAGCCGCUACUCCUGCGCCUGCCAUUGGCCUCCUCACAGCGGAAACACAGCUUGUGAGUGCAUGUCAGCUGUUAACAAGUGGUUUUUAGUACAUUCUGGGCUUUGCUGUAUCUAUCUAGUGCCUGUUUGUGCGUUUUUUUCUUUCUUCCGCUGCUUCCCCAUUUUCCUUCUGUCCUUUUCCUCCUGCUCCUUGUUUUCCCAGCAGCACAUGGGGUUCCUCAGAGGAGCGGAGGUGGCCCCCUUGGGUGGGGGGCGUUUGGGCUGCGGUGCUGCGACAUUUUUCUUUUGCUUUCUCUUUUUACUUUAGACACUGGCCCAACUCCAGGCGUUUCCUUUCAUUUCCUCAGUGCUUCUCUUCUGACCUGCAUGUUGAGUUCUGUAUUGCUGGGGCUUCCGACAAAAACCAGAGUCACUGACAGAGGGAACGACAGGGACCUUGUUGGUAUUCAGCUGUGAUGGAUAUAGAGAAUCGGAGGCACCUUGUUUUCACAACUAGGAUAAAAAUAUCUGCAGGGUCCUUUCCAUUCCUAUUUAGAGGGAGUCCUGGCUCCAUGACCCCCUCCCCAGUGGACUGUCCAAGCAGAUAGGCUCACACGAGAAACAGUGAGGCUGAAAGUGGGGGCCAUGGAAGAGCGGUAGGGAGUCCACGGAGAAGAUGCAGUGAAUGCUCGCAUGGAUUCACACGUGUUUGUUACCGCUUUUUCGAGGCGGUGUCCCAGCUAGUUCACUCCUUUCACCGUGCAUGGUGGAGGCUCCCCCCUCUGGCCGGGUGCAGUGAACGGCCAGCUGGUUUCUUUUCUGCUGGGCCAAGGAACUUUGGGGGUGGAGGAGGUGGUGCUGGCGCUGCACUGGGCUGACUGCGGCGCUGACGCGGCGUUUCCCCCCAUCCCUGUUGCCUGUGUGUUGUGUGGAUCUGUUCCUAGUAUAGGCAACAUAAUGAGAUACUGUGCUUCCCACCUCCCCUUCAGUUCAGAGCCAAAAUGGGUCUAGAAUCUGGCACUUUACUCAUUUCCUUUGAUAAAUUAAAUUGUACUAUGCAGAGCUGUCAGGAACCUUCAGAUAGCAGUAGAGGACUGCAGCUGUCUAGGUCUGCGGCCACAUCUUGGGGACACCCGAUUGUUCCCAUGUGCAGGGUUCAGCACUUACGUGGGAGUGCUAGGGGUUAGGCUUUUGAGCUUGAACACCUGCGUGUGAACAGAUGAAAAAUCCUUCAGUACCCAAGUCCCAGUCUGUCCUGUGGGGAGCAGUUUGGGGGCGGCCGGCAGCAGGAGCCUGGGAAAGAGGCCCUCGCCAGGUGAUGGCAGGGCCAGGGUGGCCUGGGGUGCCCAGCAGAAUGUGCUUAGUAUUUGGUCACCAGCCGCCAUCCUGGGCUUUUCCUACUGUGUCUUGUUACAAGGCCUCAGCAAUCCACAGAACUCUCUCUCCUUCCUCACACCUGUCAGCUUCUCUGCUUCUGAGAUAAGAACCAUUUGUGUAACACCAAUACUUAACUUCAGAAAGACAUGCAUUAUGUGGUUGUAAUCAAACCCGAUGCUUUCAGAUGACCUACUUACAUCUUCAAUGUGGAUAAGAUAAAGAACAAAACAAAUGCAUCUAAACUUCUGGGCAAUCCAGUUGACUUUUAAAUGUGAGAAUGGAAUUCCAAACACUUAACACAUUCAGCUAUAUGACAGAAAGUAAAUCUAUGGAUAUGGUAUUUUGUGAAUGAUCUUUUAAAUAAAAGAAAACCUUACGUAAUAUUUAA